AUGCACCCUACCAUUACUCUCCAAGGCGCUGCUCGGGCUUCUCGUAUCCGAGCUAUUGGCCAGAACUUUGUCACUCGCUCGGUUGGCCACCCCUCUCGGUCUCCCUCCAUGUCACCCGCCAGCAGCUCUUAUGACUCUUUCGUCGCCUACCGCUCUAGGGCCUACCAACAUGGUCCGCUUCACCAGGCACCCCUUAUGCGAGGACUCGUGAAUCCGGGCUCUGCUACUUCCGAGGGGUCCACCAAGUCAAGCGGAGGAUGUCUUGACCAUGGGGAUGUCUCCUCACUGACUCACCACCUUCCAUGGACAGAAGCCGAAAUCGACGCCAUUGAGUCUGGUGGCGCUAGCCUCCUCCGUUAA